AUGUCACCGGUAAAUUGUGGUCAAACAAGCUGGUUCGUAUGCAUUUGUGUUAAAAAGAACGAAAGAGGUACCUUUACAGAACCGUUAUUGAGUCUUCCUCUUGGAAUGGCCCUUCACUUAAAUGCUUGCUUUGCACCUUUUCUUUUCAUAGCAGAAAUAAGCUGCUUGAUUUUAAAGUAUCCCUAUCUGCCGGUGACUUAUAAGGUGAUUUUGGUGGCUGUUUUAUUUGUAUAUAUAUUGGUUGAGAUCGUGAGGCUAUUCCUAGGGAUAGUUGGCAACCUCGGUGAAAAGUAUCCCUAUCUACCGGUGACUUAUAAGGUGAUUUUGGUGGCUGUUUUAUUUGUAUAUAUGUUGGUUGAGAUCGUGAGGCUAUUCCUAGGGAUAGUUGGCAACCUCGGUGAAAAGAUUCCCGCGUUAUCCGGCUUUUGGACAUUGACGCUGGUUUUACAACUUCCGAUUCAUCUCUUCCUUGUAUUCAAUUUGGCUGUGGCUCCUGUUCCUCUGGAAACAGUGAUGCUG